AGCCGUUCUUGCCAAAACGGGAACUAGGGAGGUCUAGCGCCUGCAAUAUCCUGCCACCAAUGAUGGGACCUGACAUGGAGGCUCGUGAGGUGUCCACCGGCAAUGCCAGAGGUAAGAUCCUGAAGCUAUGCUUCCUCGGAGUCCUGGGUGCGGCGCUUCUGGCCAUAGCCGCCUUGGGCGGCACAACCCCGGCCCCCGCUUUGAUGCGCAGCUUUGGGUCAGCAAGCUCGUCCCCUUCGCCAUUGCUGGGGGAUGGCUCUGCAGUGGAUUGGUGGUUUGCCUUCAAGGGAAACACGGCUGCCUUUCCACAAUGCUCCUCGAAGUUGACUUGUGCUUUUGGCGGCUCUCCGACCCCAAAAGACUACAGCCUGCAGUACGUCCUGUCCUAUGGCAAGAGCGGGAAGACAUCCGAGAUGCAGCUUCACACUGACUGCCUGGGCAAUGCGAAGGACCCCUUGGCCCAGACCUUUGCGCAGGUGUACUCUGGUCAAGCUCCAAACUUUGUGGUGUGGAAUGACCAGUUCUAUGACGACCCCAAUCUGAACGUCGAUCCUCCGUGCCCGGGCUAUUGCAAAGGGCCAUGGGGCCAUAGUAAGGGCGUGAUGGCCUGGGGCGACGACGGCACCGGCUUUGUGCUGCAAGUGACCACGCCCGACUGGCCAGGCUCUGGUACCCACGAGCACCCGCGGAAGCGGGGCAACACCUUGGGCUGCUGCCAGGACGAUAACGUCUUGGUGUCCCAGCACUUCUUUGCCGUGAAGCUUGCCACGCCGCAGGACACUUUGGCGGUGCUGCAGUCCCUGCAGCGGGCCUCAGUGGCCACGGACCCCUCCAACCCGGAGAUCGUGAAGCUCACCUCAGGGCCCAGCGAGCUCACCAACGCAGCGAAGCAGCUGGGGCGCCAAGUCAAGGAUGUCGAGCCGCUGCUGAGCCAGCUCAGCAUCAGGACCUCCCAGAGCCAGGUGCACCUCAUCGCCAAGCCCAGCGCCUUGAAUGUGCCGCCCUGGCACAUGGUGAGCUCCCUCCUGCAGGUGCCGCUCCGAACCGCCACCUGGUGGGCGCACCCGCAGAUCAACUCCACGAAGAAGGCCUUUCAGCCAGGGUGCUGGCACAGCGAACUGAAGCCCCCGCUGGAGGUCCAGGUGGCUUUGAGCGGGCAAUGGGCGGGCAAGACCUUCAGCUUCAGAGGCCUUGCCUCUCCGGAUGCCAACCAUGCCAAGAUGGCGCACAGCAUGGACGGCUCCAACCUGGCCGUCUUGGCUGACAUGAACCAGCAGGGCAUGCUCAGCGACGAUGGCUCCAAGGAAGGUUGCAGCACUUCUCAGAACGGCCGCGGCGGGCUGUUCUUCGUCCUCCAAGACAGCACGCUGCAUGAUGGCCUUGCAAAGCUGCUCACGGGUGACACGGCCGACUACGCCGGAGGGUCGCCAUCUCCUUCGCCAUCUCCCUCGCCAUCUCCCUCGCCAUCUCCCUCGCCAUCUCCCUCGCCGUCACCGACGGGGUGCGGCGGCGCCGGCGUGAAGUGGAACACGUGCAAAGCGUCGGGCUGCAAGUACGUGAAGAAGGAGAACGCGGAGGCGUGCGGCGUGCCAGGCUAUGGCUGUUUCCCUGAGAAGUCUCUGAAGGCAGGAUGCCCGGAGAGCCUAGAAGAAAUCCACAAGUGAGCACCAGCGGCAGCUUUUUUUGCAUUGACCCAAUUGGGGUCAAUGCUGGAAGGGGACUGGGGCACACAGGUUGCACAUGCCA